AUGCUCUACCUUUCUAUCUAUCUGUACCGGCUGCUGGUGCGCUACCCAUUGGAGGUCAUCCCCAUCUUCGACAUCAAGAUCGCUGAGCUGGCAGCCGACCGCAUGCCCAUGUGGGACAAGCACAUCCAGGUGCGCACAUUCAACCUUCGGGACACGGUGCACAUGCGCGACCUCAACCCCUCAG